GCGUAGAUAAAUAAGAAGAAACGAAAGACAAGUGAAGUAGUCAAAUGCCAAAACAUAUCGUAAUAUUUUUCGGUUUUCUUAGAUUAUAUUCAAUUUUCUAACUAAACUGUACAUAUAAAAUUAUGUUCUAUCACAUAUCGCUGGAACAUGAGAUUUUACUACAUCCGCAAUAUUUCGGACCACAACUACUAGAAAAAGUAAAAACUAAACUAUACACCGAAGUAGAAGGAACUUGUACUGGAAAGUAUGGAUUUGUUAUAGCAGUAACAACAAUAGAUAGCAUAGGCGCUGGUUUAAUUUUACCUGGUCAAGGCUUUGUAGUAUACCCAGUUAAAUACAAAGCUAUUGUUUUUCGACCUUUUAAAGGUGAAGUCUUAGAUGCUGUCGUAAGACAAGUAAACAAAGUUGGCAUGUUUGCCGAAAUAGGUCCUUUAUCUUGUUUUAUUUCCCAUCAUUCCAUACCUGCCGAAAUGGAGUUCUGUCCUAAUGUUAACCCUCAAUGUUAUAAAACAAAAGACGAGGAUGUGGUGAUUCAUGCCGAAGGGGAAAUAAGGUUGAAAAUAGUUGGUACUCGAGUUGAUGCGUCAGGAAUAUUUGCUAUUGGUACACUUAUGGAUGACUAUCUCGGUUUAAUCAGUAAUUAGGGGCACAUAUAUUUAAUAUUUACUUAUUGUAAUUUUUUAUAGUCAAUAAAUUUUUUUAUUUUUAGAAAA